AUGGUCAUCAUCACACAAUCACCUCGAUCCAUUGUUGCCAACAUCAACGACAACGAUGACAACAACCUCAGUCUGUACUGCCCGAUGUUGGCCAACAACCAGUUGAUCACACCAUCAACAUUCAAUCAGUCGCUGACCGAUCUAACAUUCGGCGAUACAUUCAAUCAAAUGAUCAGGACGGGUUGUUUGCCGGCCUCCCUCCUAGAACUUACAUUUGGUAAUGACUUUGAUCAGGAGCUGGCGGCAUUCGCACUGCCAUCAUCCAUCACUAGACUAUCCUUUGGGAUACCACGCAGUAGCUCAUACCUCGACAACAUCACGUCUGGCAGCAACUUUGACCAUCCCAUCCAACCCAAUGCAUUGCCGUCGUCAUUAACCGAGUUGUUGCUGGGUAGAAGCUUUGAUCAGAUGAUGCCAGUGGGAUGCCUACCUCCCUCUCUGACCAUACUUGCAUUCGAGUAUGCCUCCGACUUUGAUCGUCCUAUAGCCUCGGGCACUCUGCCCAUCGGCCUCAAGACCCUGCUGUUUGGACCAAGGUUCGACGGCACACUUGAGCCAGGUGUGCUCCCGCCGGCACUCCAAACACUCACACUCAGCCGAGCAAGUCACCUCAGACUCUUGCCAGGGGUCCUGCCCCAAUCACUCAAGACAUUGAGGUUCCUGUUGGCCUCAAUGUAUAACGAGCCAAUCGCGCCGGGCACCCUCCCGGAUGGUCUGCGAGAGCUGGCCUUUGGAAAUAGAUUCAAUCAAGACAUUAUGCCAGGUGUCCUACCGUCGUCGCUGACCAAGUUGACGUUUGGGAUCGACUUCAAGUAUGAGAUUGCGUCGGGAGCACUGCCGUCAUCACUCAAGGUCUUAAAGGUGUUGGUCGAUCGACCUGUACCAGUUGGUUCGAUCCCCGCAUCGCUGGAGGACUUGUACAUUGGCUCGCGGUAUCCUAUCAUGCCAGGCUAUCUCCCGGCUGGCCUAACAUCCUUCAAGUAUCUCGACCAACUGCUCACACGAGAUCUGCUGCCAAACACGCUCACACACCUUGCCCUAGGCUUCUUGUUCAAGGGCUUCGAACAUGGUGCAUCAUUCCCUCUCUCACUAAAGCACAUGACUCUGAAAAACUUUGGUCAGAUGUCGUUUGUGCCCCGAUGGGUGGACAGGGUCACAGUUGCGCGAGUGGCUUCACAGACUGUCCUGCAAUCAUCGAUAAUCUUAAAGGACUUGAUGAUAUCGGCACGAAUCACUCAGGUACAUCAUACGGAACCACUGUCAGAGUGGGCACCAGGUAUCGACUUGCAAGCAUUGCUAAAUGAUAUGCCCAAUUAUGUCAAAUGGUGA